AAUAAACAAUCCAUUUACUCUAUUAUAAAGCGUACGACAUGCUUUUAGACAGAUAUAUAAAACUAUUCGUUUUGUUUAAUAGUUUGAUGGAAAUCGAUACAUCUGAUAACCCAUAUCGCCCUCUUGUUAGGUUGUUUACAUCCUCUCCCGGCAAAUGUUAAAAUUUUUUUUUAGGAAAAAUGUUAAAAAGUCUAAAUCGUCUGAAGCUGUUUGGGAGGAAGGCCGGGAGGCUGGAAUCGGGCCUCGCCUCGGCCGGGUUCCCGGUUGAGAAGCGUCUGCCGACGAACCCGGAAUUCGUGUCGGUGAGCCAGGUGAAGCAGAGUCUGAUUAAAAACCGUCUGACGUUCGACGACGGCUUCACCUGCCUCAGCCUCGACUGCUUCCUCUGCGCCGGCAAAUCUUCAAAGCUGUACAUCAACAAGAUCACAGGAUUUUUCAUCUGCCAUGGGUGUAAUAAGUGUGGAAAUUGGGUUGACCUGGAGGCUGUUGUUCGUGAUAAAACUGAAACUUUUGUCCAACAUAUCGAUAAUAAAUCGGCAGCUGGUUUGACGAAAUGGUUGAAGAUUCAAAAACAUCUUCAUCAUGUAAGUGAGCUGUCAGAAAAUAGACUCGAGGAUGUUCUAAGACACAUUGGAUUGCCGAAUCUGUCUUACGAAGUUCUGAAAGAAUUCGAAGUGCACAUUGAUAUAAAAACUGGAACUUUAUAUUUCCCUCUUUGCAACGGAGGCGGUCAGAUCACUGGCUACAAAACACUCCAUAAAAAUUUCAAAGAGGAGUCGUACCCGUCGAGUGACGCAAGUGGGAUUUUACACAAGAAAAAGAAUUUGUGCACGAGUGCGGUUGUGGUACAUAGUGUGAGGGAUUUUCUGGGUCUUUGUCAUGUUGGAAUUUCGAAUCACGAUAUUAUUUGUCUACCUCAUGGUCAGUACAGCCUUCCUCAGUCUGUUCUGCCUCUUUUUGAAAAUUAUAAAAAACUUAUUCUUUGGUUUGGAAAUGAUACUUCCUGGGAUAAUGCCAGACAGCUGGCGAAGAAGCUGUCUGAACAAAGAUGUCAUUUAGUUAGACCUAUAGAUGACCAAAAAACUGUAAUAGAGGCCAUAGAGAAACAUAAGGAUAUUCAGAAAAUUAUCAAUACUGCUCAAAAAAUUGCCCAUUCGAGUAUUACGACCUUUUCAAGUCUACGAGAAGACGUAUUCUCUGAACUGUAUAAUGCUGAUAAAGCGUCAGGAGUAAAAUGGGAGAGGUUUCCUUUAUUAAAUAAAAUUCUGAAAGGGCACAGGAGAGGAGAGCUGACGAUUCUCACAGGCCCGACUGGAUCAGGCAAGACAACGUUUAUGAGUGAAUAUUCACUCGAUCUUGCCAUGCAAAAGGUUACAACACUUUGGGGUAGUUUCGAGAUCAGAAAUCAAAGGUUGGCUAAAACCAUGCUGACACAAAUGGCCAUGGCUCCUUUGGAGGACAAUGUGGACUCAUUCGACGAAUGGGCUGAUUGUUUUGAACAGCUGCCAAUAUAUUUCAUGACUUUCCACGGGCAGCAAGCACUCGAGACAGUCAUGGAGACUGUAAAACAUGCUUCUUACGUUCAUGAUGUCGCACAUGUGAUAAUCGACAAUGUUCAGUUCAUGCUUGGGCUGUCUUCAAGUGAAUCAGGCUAUUUAGAUAGGUUUUACCGCCAAGAUGUAUUGAUUGGAAGUUUCCGCAAUUUUGCAACAAUGCACAAUUGUCAUGUGACGCUUGUCAUUCAUCCGAGGAAGGAGAAAGAAGGAGAACCAUUGACAGCGAUGUCAAUUUUUGGUGGUGCCAAAGCGAGCCAAGAGGCAGACAACGUUCUAAUUAUUCAAAACCAGACAAAUAUGAAUGUCUUAAAGACAAAAAAGUUUCUUCAGAUCUCAAAGAAUAGGUUUAGUGGUGAUCUUGGAAUGAUGCCGCUUGACUUUAGCAAAGAGAGUUUGAGCUUUAUGACCAAAAGUGUUAAACUGUAAAAAGUUUUUAUGUAAGUAUAUCUUCAAUGUAGUUUUGUAAAAUACUGUUUUCAAUCUUUUUUGUAAUAAACUGUGCCAAGUUGUUUAUCAUA